UGACGAAUUUUUCCAAUUUCUUGUCAAUCGCAUCGUGAUUUGUGUGCUAAAACAUGUUUUUCCCAUGUAUUUCUAGAUGCUAAGUAAUUAUAAUUUGUAGGCAGAAAGCCUUUAAUUGCUUACAAAAGAGAUAACUAAAGUGUUUAAUUAAGUUUGGUGUGUGAUAACUUUUAACCAAAAUGACCGUGGACGGUGACGAGCAACCCCAGCGGGAUCGUGUGUUUAUGGAUAUUUCGAUCGGGGGCUUGCCCUCCGGCCGUAUAGUGUUUGAGCUGUUUAAUGAUGUAGCGCCGAAGACCGCGGAGAACUUUCGGGCGCUCUGCGCAGGGGAUAUGGGUGUUGGGAAGGUUACUGGCAAACCGUUAACCUAUAAGGGCAUGGUGUUUCAUAGAGUGGUUAAAGACUUUAUGAUUCAAGGAGGUGACUUUACCAAUGCAAAUGGAACAGGCGGGGAGUCUAUUUACGGAGGCACUUUUGAAGAUGAGACAUUUGAGCUGAAGCAUGAUAGGCCUUACUUGCUGUCCAUGGCUAACAGGGGCAAGGACACAAAUGGUUCCCAGUUCUUUAUUACAACACAGCCGGCGCCGCAUCUCGACAAUGUGCACUGCGUUUUCGGCACGGUGGUGGGCGGCGCGGCGCUGGUGCGGCAGCUGGAGGCGCUGCCGGUGGACCGCAACGCGCGACCGCUGCAGGACGUGACCGUCGCCAACUGCGGACAGCUCGUGCGACUCAAACAUGGUAAAAAACGCAAGCAGGAUAAGGCAAAGGAGAAAGAGAGUGGAGAAGAGUCAGACCAAUCUCAUAAGAAAGAGAAAAAGAAGAAAAAGGAUAAGAAGAAGAAACGCCAUCAUUCCGAGCGCUCAGCCGAUGAGGAAGUCCCGGAAGCGCCUUCUCACCCCCUCGUGACCACAUCCAAGAUUGAUCCUCGAGAAAUACCCGAAGUGCCCACCAAUAGGUUCCUGAUGAGAGGUGGGCGUGACCAGGACAAGGAUAGGAUGGACCCUAGGAGGGAUAGAGAAAGGAUGCGCUUCCGUGAACGCGAGCGUCACUCUUACACCCGCAGUGGAAGAAUCAUAAAAGGCCGUGGAGUGUUUCGUUACCGCACGCCGUCUCGCUCUCGCUCCCGCUCGCGCUCGGCCACGCCCCCUCACUGGCGUCAAGCGCAGAGACGCAUCGUCAAACUGGCUCAUUUGGAGAUGGAUCGAGAGCACCCCGAGCAAGAUAAUAUGUCCAAGGGCAGACAUGUUGAAAAACAACACAGCCGAGAGGGUGAAGAAGGCACUCCGGAAAGGCCGAGAGAAAAGGAGGAAGGCGAAUGUGAUACACCUAUAGAUACAUCGCGUCAUGAGAGAAUCGACUACAACGCGCUAGACUUCGAGGAAGACGUCGAUCAUGAUGCAGACGAUCGUGAGGCGCCUAACAAACGCAAGCCGGAUCGCCGGAGGGCGCCCCAGCAGUACUGGUCGGGAGGAGAACGCGCCGACAUGCUGGCGCGAGCUCUGGGCGUCAACCCCAAGCAGAGGGAAACUCUAAUCAGAGAUACUAGUAUCAGAAACCAGAGGGAUAUCAGAGAUGAUAGAGACUAUUAUGAACCCAAACGCCGCGAAGGCCUAGCUUCCACCGUCAGCCAUGUCGCGCCCAAGCUAUCCUCCGCUAUAACAACUGUGACUCACGAAGAAUCGAAGUUUGAACCGCCACAGAUGGACGACAAUCAGGGAUACGACCCUUUCAGCAUGUUGCGUAGUACUUUUACCAAGAAUAAGGAGAAGAUACUGUUAGGGCAACAAGCUCCUCAGGAAAGGCGCGAAAAGGAAAGACCAAGGGUGGAAGAAAGACGCGAUAGACACAGGGCUGAUAGGGAUCAUAGACCUUCCGAAAGGGAUGAUUUAAGUAAAAUCUUUGAAAAACCAGAUUUAACAAUACGCCAGUCGGAAAAAGAAGGCCGCGACCGCAAACAAUCAGAAAAUGAAGCUGACAAUAAAGAUCGCCAUAAAUAUUCUGAUAAACAAGAUCGCAGGGAUGAAGAUAUCAGAGGCAUAUCCAAAGACAGAAAUAACAAAAGACCAUCACAAGAAGAAGAAAAGAUAGAUGUAUUCAAAGAUAAGUCUGACAAACGCGAAAGACCGGAAAAAAUUGACGCUAGAAACGUCUCUAGAGAUAGAGAAGACAAUAGAGCUAAAAGUAUAAACGAGAAGCGAGAAAGGUCAAUUGAAACGGAAUCUAAACGCGAUAAAUCUAAAGAAACAGAUGGUAAUAGAGAUAAAUCGGGAGAAAGAGCUAAUAAGGGAGAUAAAUCGUCAAGACACAGGGAAGAGAGAUCAAAAGAUAGAUAUGACAAGAGGGAUCGGUCGCAAGAAAAAGAUAAACGUGAUAAAUCUCGCGAAAGAUCCAAAAGAAAUACUUCAAGAGACAUAGAUGAGAAAUUAGCAGAUAAGAGAGAACGAUCGAGAGAAAAGGAUGACAGACGUAGGUCAAGAGAAAGAGAUAGCAAAAGAGACAGAUCUCGUGAAAGAGAUAGUAAGAGGGAUAAAUCGCAUGAGGACAAGGGAGAUAGCAAGAGAGACGAAUCGUAUGAUGAUAAGCGAGAUAGCAAGAGAGACAAAUCUCGUGGAAGAGAUAGCAGGAGGGAUAAGUCUUAUGAUAGAGAUCGCAAGAGGGAUAGAUCUGGUGAAAGAGAUAGCAAGAGGGAUAAAUCGUAUGAUGAUAAGCGAGACAAGAGAGACAAAUCCCGUGAAAAUGAUAGCAAGAGGGACAAGUCUCGUGAAAGAGAUAGCAGGAGAGACAGGUCUCGUGAAAGAGAUGGCAAGAGGGACAAAUCGUAUGAGGAUAAGCGGGACAGUAAGAGGGAUAGGUCGAGUGAUAAGGACAGACAAAGGGAUCGUGAAGAUGGAAAAAGAGACGUGAAGACGCAUUCUUCAACUAAAGAAAGGUCCACUUCCCGUAAUCGUGAUCGAAAGAGUCAAGAAAACCCUGAAGAUGACGAUAAAAAGAAGGAGGAAGAAAGAAACGAGGCUCGCAAGGAAUUGAUGGAGAUUGUGCGUCUCAUCAAGUCCCGACAGAAACAGAGGGAGAACAAGGCUCCAGUAGAAGCAAAGAAGAAGCCUCGCUCGUCGAGCCGCGGCUCCUCCGGCUCUGGGGACGAGAAGUCUCGACGACGUCGCUCCUCUGAACGCGGCCGGCGAAGUCGCAGCAGGGGAACCCGGUCUCGCCGCUCACGCAGCCCUCGUUCGCGUCGCCAGCGGCGUUCGUCAUCAUCCAACUGAUCAAGACACCAUUACAACUAUUCAUAGCCAUACCGCUUGAGGAGCUGACCGACCAACAAAACGAUGUACAACCGUGUCAACAAGAGCUGGAACAUACCAUGUGUAACCAGAACGCUAGCAAAAACGAAGACAGGCGAUAGUACUGAUUAUUGCGGAUAAGAUACCAUAAAUAAAACUACGAAGAAAAGUUUUAAAAACCUGCAUUUUUAAAAAUUCACAAUAUAUUGCAAAUAAAACAUCUGACUGACGCUAGAACGUUACGUAAAUAGGCCACUCGGAGUCAAUGCCGCGUCGUAGGUGGGGCAUUGACCCGAUUUUUACACGCUAUACAUUGCGGGUUUGAAAAAUAAUGAAUCACUAAAACUACAAGAUAAGGCAAAUGGUCAUUGGCAUUGGAUUCUGUUUAGCUAGUAUAAUAAUAACUCUAAGUUUUUGCUAGUGUUCUGGUUACACCUUGCAUUAAAAUGUAGAUAACGGGUACAUACCACGUGACCACUUCCCGGACAAUAGGGAUGUUGACAACUAGUGAAAUCAGUAUCUUUUAUCAAACGUCAAAAUACGCUCUUAGUAUGCGAGCUUCUAUGAAAUACUGGCAUGUGACGUCACAAUGAUUUGAUGUUUUUUCUUUUAGUUUAAUCGAUUAUAUUCAAAGAAAUAAAGACGCGAAUACUCUAAAAUUUAGUAGGCAGUACAAUUAGUACCAAUGCAUAUAUAGCCCAUCUAUGUAAUUUUUCAACACCUUGCGGUAAUGUGCAAUGAGCAUUAAUAAAACCUCAUUUUCAGUGGAUUUAAAAUUAAGUGACUAUCAUACAUUAUUCGGUAACUUUUUAGCUAUUAGGUCUCAUACCUUAUUUCUUUACAAGAUAGAGAAGUAACAAAAGGUUCGCUCGACCCAACGCGUGAUAAUAGGCUAUACAUGGGCUUAGAUCUAUGGUGCAUAGUUUGACUUUGAUCAGACUUCACUUAAGGGGCAAGCGACGGGUCUGCCCGCGAAAUUCAAAUUUUAUUUGGUUUUUCGCAAUUUGUAAACUAAUACGUACAAAGUAGGCUUAUGGCAUUUUCAAUUGCGACAAUGGCAGUAUCAU